CCCACCAGACCGUGUGCAUGUGGCGUUCGUGGCCCUUUCGACUUCCGUCGGCAAGGCUUCCUGCUCUCGGCCCAAUGCUUCUCCUGCGAUCUGCUGGAGGGCGACCAUGGCUGCCGCUGCGCUCGAGGGCUACAGCCUAGAGGACACCCUAGGCUCAGGUCACUUCGGAAUAGUGAAGCUGGCCUACCACGACACCACCGGUGCUAAGGUUGCAGUGAAAGUUAUAGACAAGACGAAGCUCGACGCCAGAGCUCGCGAGCACCUCUUCCGGGAGGUUAGCUGCAUGAAGCGGGUUGAGCACCCCAACAUAAUCAGGUUGUACCAGGUGUUCGAUACACCCACCAAGCUUUAUCUAGUGUUGGAAUUAGGUGAAAAUGGAGAUCUCUAUGAUUACAUUGCCAACCAUCCGGACGGCGUGGGCGAAGACGAAAGCCGCGAUCUGUUUCGUCAGAUCGCCGAAGCCGUGUUCUACUGCCAUAAGUUACAUGUGGUUCACCGAGAUUUGAAACCAGAGAAUGUGGUCUUCUGUCAGAAUGCCAGCAAGGUGAAGCUGACUGAUUUCGGUCUUUCGAACUUAUUUGACCCUGGAGCAAAGCUGAAAACUUCGUGCGGUUCGUUGUCAUACUCGGCCCCCGAGAUUCUAUUGGGCGACACUUACGAUGCUCCGGCAGUCGACCGCUGGAGCCUCGGCGUGAUUCUGUACAUGUUGCUCGUUGGCGAAAAGCCCUUCGUCGGUGGAACGGACAGUGAGACGUUGACCAUGAUAAUGGACUGCAAGUUCGACAUGCCAUCCGAACUAUCGCGGGAAAGCGUCGACUUGGUGCAGAAGCUGCUGGUAUCUGAUCCCAAGGAACGGAUUUCAUUGGAAGACGUGCUGUGCCACCCGUGGAUGACUCAAAAUGCCAAGAGAGAGCACAGUCUAUCCACAUGCUCUGACGAAAUGCACAUCAUCACAGGCGAGGACCGGACGAAAAUCAUCCAAGGCAUGAUUGCCCGAGGUAUCGGGGACAAGGAACAAAUUGACAGCUCCUUAGAGUCGAAUUCCUAUGAUUAUGUUGCAACCACGUACUACCUCCUGGCGGCAGAAUAUCAGGAAAAGAAGAGAAACAGUGAUGAUAUGUCAGAAAGUGAGCUAGAUAUGAAGAGACUGGACUUGCGACGGCGGCGAGUACGGAAAGCGUCCGUGCCUGGCCAAGGUACACUAAUUCCUGACUCCUCGAGGAGUAGUGGCAUACUCGCCAAACGGUCACUACCAGCAAUGCCGUUGGUCCACCGGCCGUCGUCCGCACCAAUGCCUACCUUCAUGCCGGUCACCAAAGAGGAAGACAAUGGCGACGACGACGAGGACAAGCGACUGCGAACGCCGCCGUCGACCUCGCCAUGGAGAACACUGGCGUCCACCAGCCCCACCGGCAACACCCUGUACAGUCUCAGCGAAAUGAGCGGAAGCUACUCGCGCCGGGGCCUGCCAUUUCCCACCACCCCAGCUAGCACUACCCCGCACUCCCCCGUGGCACUGGGCACGAAGCGGCAGAGUUUUCCCGUCGGAACUAGCAGAUCAGCGCACAGUUUAGGAAUUAGGGUCUAGGCAUAGGAGAGAGAGAGAGAGAGAGAGAGAGAGAGAGAGAGAGAGAGAGAGAGAGAGAGAGAGAGAGAGAGAGAGAGAGAGAGAGAGAGAGAGAGAGAGAAACUCUCAAUAUUUUAUACAUAAUUAUUAUAGCUAUGAAACAGUUCAUAUUGUCCUAUAUGUGUACAUGUAUAUAUAUAUAUCCGUACAUGCCAACAAUAUACAUUGUAUCUACACGACGCUGAGGGAUUCAGUGCUGUGUGUACAUAGAACAACGGCAAUUUUAUGUUUUCCUACUUAUCAGACCCUAUCUCUAUCAUGGCGCUGCUUGUCGCCACCAAUCAUUUCGAAGAAUGUUUUACACGCGUCCCAACACAUUCACAUUAGGCUCAGGCACACGGUUGCCAUUAGUUGCAAUAAAGAUUGCAUUUCUGUCAUAUCGUGUCUUGUUCAAAGUCUUU